AUGAGGGGCAGUCUGGAGUUAUGGAAACACAGACGACACACGAUAAAGAACGUUUAUCCAGUUUCUUCGAGGAUUCGCGGACGGUUGAUGCCGCUUUGGAGUUGGACAACCGAUUCUAAAGAAAGUGUUACAAUGUUCGAAUUUCGAACAACACUGGUACAAUAAGUUGCAUCUGCGGGCCUGUGUUUGGAAGUAGAGCAGAGUAAGAGCAUCGCAGCGAGAAGGAUUUCCACCGCUCAUUUCGGAGUUGCACGUAGUUUUAGUUUAGAAUAAAACCUGUUGCUCGCGUGCACUUUGGAUACAAACGUACUCAUCGUGCGCAGUCUGCUCCGUCCUAAGAGUGAGUGGGCUAUAAAACACGGGAAAGAUAGAUUUGAUGUAUCUUAUUGAGGACUUGUAGUCUAGCCUACUAUCGCGGAGAAAGUUGUAGGUUUCCCUCGAGUGCCAUGCAAGGCACCUUAUUAUCAGAUAUGAGGGAAAGUGUCAGAAUCAAGACAAACAGCAUGACGACAUAGCCACCAAAUAACGUCAAUGCUUUUUCACAGAAGUGAAAAAACAAACACUCAAGUUAAGUAUUGAAAGCAAUUUCACUCAAACAUGAGUUCUUCCGGCGGCAGGAAGGUAGAUAGGUUAUAUGUCGGCGUGUUUGACUUAUUAUUUCCAUGGAACUGACAUUUUGAAAUUAAUUUAGUCUGUUUCCCCGGAGCGAAUUGUUUUUGGGUAGCUUCAUCUUGCGACGACACGUGAAAAUAGCGUGCACGUUUGGAGUUACGAUGCUGAUCUCUUGGGUCACAUUUAUUCAAGCAUUCCUGAUAUUACUGGUGAACGGAGCUGACCAAUGGAGCCUCCGGGAGUCCUCUAACUGCGAGCUAAAUAAGAAACAAAGCGAUCUGAACUCUUUCCUGUGGACCAUCAAACGUAACCCUCCGUCCUACUUCUACGGCACGAUUCACGUCCCUUACACACGCGUCUGGGACUUUAUCCCGGAGAACUCCAAGAAGGCUUUCCAGGAGAGCAACAUGGUGUACUUGGAGCUGGACCUAACUGACCCCUACACCAUCUCAGCCCUGACCAGCUGCCAGCUCCUUCCCCAGGGGGGAACCCUACAGGACGUUCUACCCAGGGACAUCUACAGACGCCUCAAGAGGCACUUGGAGUACGUCAAGCUCAUGAUGCCGUCCUGGAUGACUCCUGACCAGAGGGGUAAAGGUCUCUACGCUGACUACCUGUUCAAUGCGAUAGCGGGGAACUGGGAGAGGAAGAGGCCCGUGUGGGUGAUGUUGAUGGUGAACUCGUUGACGGAGGCGGACGUUAAGACAAGGGGGGUCCCGGUGUUGGAUCUGUACCUGGCCCAGGAGGCAGAGAGGAUGGGGAAGAGGACAGGAGCCGUGGAGAAAGUGGAGGAGCAGUGUCACCCGCUCAACGGACUCAACUUCUCUCAGGUGAUCUUUGCCCUGAACCAGACCCUUCUACAGCAGGAGAGCCUGAGAGCAGGCAUUCUGCAGGUCCCUUACACCACUGAGGACCUCAUCAAACAUUACAACUGUGGAGACCUCAACGCCAUCAUCUUCAACCACGACACCUCUCAGGUCCCCAACUUCAACAACGUGACCCUGCGCCCCAGUGAACAGAUAACAGCCCAGGAGAUAGACAGCUACUUCAGACAGGAGCUCAUCUACGAGAGGAACGAGAGGAUGGGGAACAGGGUGAAGGCCCUGAUGGAGGAAAGCCCUGACAACAGCUUCUUCUUCGCCUUCGGAGCAGGUCACUUCCUAGGCAACAACACAGUGAUUGAUGUGCUGAGGAGUCAGGGCUAUGAAGUGGAGCACACUCCCGCAGGGCAGCCCAUUAACAGUCGAUCAAAAUCCUCUACCGACCAGACAGGUCAAUCUCUGGGUCAGGACCUGGUUGAGUCCCCUUACCUGGAGCCUUUCCUCCAUGAGCUCCAUGAUGAGGAGCAACAGCGCCCUCUGGAGGACAGCCCCCUGCCCCACAUGCUGCUGCCCCAUCACUCCCAAAGCCUGGAGCUGAUGGACACGAUGGACCGAAAGCUGAAGAAGAAACGACGCAACAAACAGAAGAAACACCAGAGAAACAGACAGUUUAAUGACCUCUGGGUCCGCAUCGAGGAGAGCACCACAGUCCAGUUUCCUCCUCCUCCUCCGCUGGUGCGUGUCGCCAACGGUUACAUCCCCGUACGGCCUCACCACGGCGACCUUGAGAGAGGCCACGGCCACGGCCACGACAGAACCAAUCACCACAGGUGGUCGUCAGGCUGCUCCGUCUCCGCCUCCACGCCACUGUCUGUCCUCUGGUUACAGUUAACAGUGUUGGUUCACACCUGGACUCUAGUAGCAGCUCUGGUCUAAAGCAAUGAGGUUGUCGGUUCAACUCAUGCACACAAACUGGAAGAAAAAAAUCCUCAUCAGUCUUAUUUCAAAACACUAUUUGUCCUAUUUGACAUCUGGACUCUCAAGUAGCAGAUCUAAUGCAGGUGGUUACUGGUUCAAAACCCUCCUGCUAACAUCUGGACUCUAGUACUAUAAUCAGUGUUGGUUCACAUCUGGACUCUGCAUAACUAGUGCAGGAGGUUACUGGUUCAAACCCUUCCUGCUCAAAAAACUGGAAGGAAAGGAAUCAUCUAUUUCAACACACAAUGAGGUGAAUCCUAACUUCAAGUGAAAAUCUGACUUAAGUGGAAGUUAGGAUUCGCCUGAAAUCAGUCUAAACUGGAUCUUUUUACAUUUAAUUUAGUAAAUUUUUAUUCUGACAAAAAAAAACAAUAUAUUAUUAAGCACCUCUUACUCUUCAUUUAUUCUUCACUUUUUGAAGAAUGUGUUUUGUAUCGCAAUAAUACUGUGGGAAUUGUAUAUAUCUACAUAUUCUAGAUUGUAUUUUAGAAAUAUGACGUUGAAAAUGAUUGAAUAUGUUUUGUUUAUUGUUGUUGUUUAUAAAUCGAUACAGUAUAUUUUUGAGACUAAAGCUGAUACUAACCACCAUAACCUGUAUUUGGUAGCCUGGUCCCCGAUCAGCUUGUGCUGUCUUUGCUAACUCCUACGGUCAUUGUCACCAUAGGAGUUGGCAAGACGACACAACCAGAUCUGGAUCCAGGCUAUGUAUUUGUCUCUCCAUGGUUGAAUGUUGAUGUGGGAGAGAACUCAUCCUAAACCAGUUACCCUAUGCUUUUCUUGUUUGUCUAUGCUGACUGAAUGAUGUUUUAUGUUUUACAUAGAGAAUAUUUGUUUAAUUUAUUUAACUUUUUAUAGUUGGUAGGUAAUCUAAACACGUGUUGUGACGGUUGUUGUUUCAUCCCAAUGUGAUUUGUUCAUUCUCUCUCCAGCCUGAGUCAAUUCAACCCAAUGUGUUGGAUGUUCUGUAUAGCAGGAGAUGUAUCUUGUUGUAGCUCACUGACAUUUCGGUUGUGUGGCAUGAGAUGAUUGUAAUAUUUUGCUUUAAUGUUAAACAAUAAAACAUGUAUCUAGUUAAA